UCUUCACUAUCUUCUUCCUCAUCCAAUUCAAUCGGAGAAACAAAGAAAAAUUCUUCCUCAAACAGAAAAUUUUUUCUCAUCCAAUCAGAGAAACAAACAAAAAAUCCUUAUCGAUAAUCCUUCAUCUACGAACCCAGGAGCUGAAUUCGCGAUGAACCCCGCGCUUGGGUUUCGAGAUGAACCCAGCGCCUGGGUUCGCGACGAAUCCCGCGCUUGGGUUCCGAGACGAACCUAAGAGCUGGGUUCAUGACGAACCCCACGCCUGGGUUCGUCUCGGAACCCAGGCAUUGGGGUCGCGAGGAACCCAGCGCCUGGGUUCGCCAGGAACCCAGCGCCUGGGUUCGUCGACGAACCCAGGAGCUGGGUUCACGACGAACCCCACGCCUGGUUUCGCGACGCAAGCUCGCGACGAACCCCACGCCUGGUUUCGCGACGAACCUUGCGCCUAGGUUCGCGCAAACCCAAAUGUGAAAAAAAAAAAGGAUAAAAGAUAAAAACAGCCAAAUAAAGGGUGGAUAAUGAU